AAGUGUUAACCCUAAACACAAAGCCGAAGUCUGACAUCUUGAAUGUUCUCACUGAGGACAUUUACAAGUACACCCCUUACCCGACAGAUGCUCAUUUCAGUGAAGUGGCAAUAGCACUGAUUGAAAAGCAUCCUUGCUUGAAAGAACCUGGGUCAUAUAAUGGUGCUUACGGAUGGAAGCAGAGACUUAAAUACAAAAUGGGGAAUUACAGAACUCAGCUGAAAGUUCUUGGAUGUCCUGAGUUGUCCAUUAAUGCCAAGUCCAAAGAUGACACAUCUGCUGCCAGGAAGAUGAAACGAGCAAGAAGGGCAGAGGCCAACUUUUACCCGACGUUACCUCUAGGAGAGACAAGCGCUUCUCUUGAAAGAGAAAGACUGGAUAUAUUGAUGGAAAUGCAGAAACGAAACAAUGAUCAAGUUGUCCGUGACAAAAUGGCCCGAACAUUUGCCUAUAGACGACAAGAAGUGGUUGACCAACAGCCUAGGAUUGGGGACUUCAAGGACAGAUGGCCUGCCCUUUUCAGUCAACGAGAGGUUAAUGAAGAGUUCCACAGGGUUGUGGCCCUCCCUCUCGAGUCCAAGUUUUUUGAACAACUUGACCGCUACUCUAGCAGACUGUUGGCAUUGGCAAGAUCCAAGAGAGGAACUGCAGGGGACAAAAUCUCUCCCAUCCUACACACGUUUGAUCAGGCCAAAGACAUCAAUCUGAAGAGAGAAUGUCUCCUAAAGGCCCUUAUCAUUGUUCUUGGGGAGGAUACUUGUGAUCUUGUCAAGGAGUUUGUGGACAGUCGGGAAGACGACCUUUCGGUUGAUUUGGAGCAGGUGACCAUGGCGGUAUUUUCCAUUCGACAAGAAGGAUGUGUCGAACUUCCUCCGGAGGACAUUGGUAUCGUUAUCGAAGGCGUAACAGUCUUAAAUGGACUCAGCUCUGUCCCAUCUGCUUGUGCCCUGCUGCUCGGCUUGAUCUACAUUCUCAAUCUUGCCUACCCUAAAAGCCUCCGUUACACUUUCGAGGUUUUCCAGAAAGUUUUUAUGGAGCUAGAUUCUCAGAAAAUGUCCCCAAAAGUUCAUACACUCUUAGGAAAACUGCAAAGUGCAGAUUAAUGGUCAUCUU